CUAGGAAGAACUACUUACCCAUGAUUUUUUUUUUUUUUUUUUGCCAGUAAUGGAUGCAACCAAAACUUGAGUUUAUAAUUGUGAUUUCCUAGUUACUGCUGUGAUCAUGUUAGAUUUCUCCUAAGAAGAAUUCUAUUUCCAAGCUGGGGAAGUUCUGUUUCACUUGGGACAGCUUUUGAGGAACUGUGACACUAUCAAGAUGUCAUUCUUGUCACUUGGCCUGCAUUUACUAUUCUUAAUUUCCUCCAGUACUAUGCAGGAGGGGCAUCCUCGAACUGAGGGCUAUUUAGCCACAGCAGUGUUGUACUAUGUGGAAGCUAUUGGCUGCGGCACUACUGCAGGUAAAGCUUCCCGAGCUACUGCUGGUAAAUCCUUGAAUGUAAUUCAUUUUGCCUUCUGAGGUUAAAAUUUUAUACCAGUGGGGUAGGUUCAUAUCGAAAACGAAACUCAAUUUAACACUUUAUUAAUAUUUUAAUAUACUCAGAAGUGUUGGAAGUAGCGAAAUGCAGAUUCAGAUGGCUUAUACCUUUCUUCUCUGGCGUAAGUUUGGUCCACUUCAUCUAGGCUUUUCCGUGCAUGUUUUAGGUGGGUUAAUCAUUUACUCUUUGAGUAGAUCUGCUGAACCUAGUUACAGAGCUUCAGACAUACCUGAUUUUGCCAGCAUCCUAGUUUUACAUAAAAUGAUUCACUGUGGAAUAAACUUGAGAGGCUGGGCAGAAUUUUAAGAGUUUUAAACACAUUGUAAUAUGUUUCCUGUUGUUUUUUACUGCAGACAGGUCUUUUAGAGUGAAAACUUUCUCUCUCAGCAUGCUGCUUCAUUUUUUGUCUGGUUCUGUGGUAAUGUCCUCCACAGCAUCCUUGUCCCAAGAGUUACAGUCAAUAGUUCAGUAUCCAAGUGAGAACCAGUAAUGAUUGGUGUUCAUACUGAAACCAGUGUUAUUCAGUAUGUACGUCACCAAAAUAAAUGAGGUCAAGUUUAUUUUGGUCAGGUCUGCACAGCUGCAGAUGACACCAAGGUGAGUGGUUCAUUUGAUACACCAAAAGGAAGGGAUGCCAUUCAGGGCGGGGGCAUGACAGGCUUGAGGAUCCACAAGCUGCUUAAAGCCAAGCAAGGCCAAGUGCAAGGUCCUACACCAGGGUCAGGUGAUCCCCAUUAUCAGCACAAGCUGGGGCAUGAAUGAUUUGAGAGCAAUGCUGCAGAAGAAGGACUUGGGAUACUGGUGGAUGAUAACUUGGCUGUGGACUGACAAUGUGCAUCUGCAACCCAGAAAGCCAGUUGUGUCCUAAGCUGCAUGAAAAGAAGUGCUACACCAGGAUGAGGGAAGUAAUUCUGCCUCUCUACUCCACUCCAGUGAGACCCCACCUGAAGGUACUACAUCUGUCUCCAGCAUUCCCAACACAAGUAAAGCAGGGAUCUUGGAGCAGGUCCAUAGGAGGGGCACAAAGAUGGUUAACAGGCUGGAGCGCCUCUCCUGUGAGGAAAGGCCAGAAGAGUUGAGAUUGUUCAGCUUUUUGAUAUGUAUAAACGGGGAUUUGUGAGAAAAAUGGAGAAAGAUUUUAUUACAUAUUUUUAACCUGUCUUUUUUUUUUUUGUUGUUUUUCCUUUUUGUUUCCUCCAAGAUUUCUGUUGGCAGGACAAGAGGCAAUGCUUUUUAACUGAAAGAGGAUUUUGGUUGGACAUAAGGAAGAAAUUUUUUAUCCCAAGUGUGAUUGUGUGCUGAAACAGGUUGCCCAGAGAAGCUCUGGCUGUGCCAUCCCUGGAAGUGUUUAACGCCAGGUUGAAUGGGACUCUUGAGUAACCUGGUUGAGUGGAAGGUGUCCAUUCCCAUGGCACAGGGUUGGAAUGAGAUGAGCUUUAAGGUCCCUUCCAACCCAAAGCAUUUUGUAGUUCUGUGAAAAUAUGAAAAGUACUCCGUACCAGAGAUGGUUUGAUCAGUUAGUGAAUAGGCAAUAAAACUGGUAGGAUUUAGGUAAUACAAUUUUUUCCACACCUAGUGGUCUAGCACUUCUUUGUAUUUCUUGAGCUAAAUUAAUUACUGCAUUUUCAAGUCCAGUUAAGAUUCUAGAGUAUCUGAAAGUAUCCAGGUUCUACAUUUGUUAUCCUUUAGCAAUUGAGUAUUGUACAUCUUUUAGUUUAUUGACUUAAGCAGAGCCAUUCUUGGUAGUAAGGUAUUGGCUCAGCCAUGAGCAAGGACAGUACAAUCAGAACACCUGUAGGUAAGAAGAUUAAUGGAACUGUUACACAUAGUUAUACGCUAUUGAGUGGGUUAUGUAUAACUGUCACUGGACAUUAUCUAGAAAGAGUUUCAUUAGCUACACUUUUUGUUGACUAAUUAAACUUAAUUGUAUCUUUUAACAAGCAGGACACUAAUACAUAGUUGAGGGGAGAUUCUCUCUACUACCAUUCCAACUCCACUCUUGCAUUUCUGUUUCUCGAAGUCUCUCCUGUUCUACUAGGCCUAUAUUUCUCUACACUGUAUCCUUAUAUUAGAGUCAUAAAUAUCUCAUUCUGCACAGGUUAAUUAGUUGUUACUGUUAUGUAAUAAGCAAAAAUAAAAUAAAUAUGCCAUAAUCAUCCAGUCAGAAGAAAAAAUGCUGUUGCAGUUAAACACAGAAAUGUGGAGGCGAUUUAGUAAAUUCGGUAACUGAUCUUCACUUGGAUAUGAGAAAAUCUCUUUGCUCUGCAUUCACUCCUGAAGUGUAAAGGAAUGUCACAGUAACAGUUGCUUUACUGUGUUUAUUUGUGUUUCCUGUUGCUAGUAUCUGGCUCAGAGGCAGUUAGAUUUACAAAAUCUGCUAAUGUGAUUUCUUAACAUCUGGAUAUUAUGUCAGGGAGUCUGACAUAAUAUUUUUGUCUAAUAAUCUAAUAAAAUAAUACAGAUGCAUCUAGUAGGAUAGUGUAAAUUACAUUAACUUACGACUAUAAGAGCUUUCCUGUUAGGUUAGGAACAAGGUGUGUUUUAUGAAAUAAUACCCUGAUUUGUUUAAUACAAGGAAGAUAAAUACCCACAUUUGUUAACAACCUCACUUUGUUACAGUGAAGGUAAGGAAAAUGUAAAUGGCUGUGCAUUGUACAACAUAUAAGUAAACCUGGAUGUUUAGGUUUCCAUAUGUGGAAGUUGUACUGAAUCAUUUGGGACUUUGGAGAAGGUGUUUCAGUCAGAGGUUGAGGAAACAAUGAAGAAGUACCCAAGAAAUCCUGGAAGAAGACUAACAGAGGAACCUUUCAAACUUCUUUUCAACUUCAUUUUCUGUGAACCAAGGAAGUUUGACCCAAAGUUCAGAGGACCUAUUCAUAACAGGCGCUGCACAGACAUUAUUUGCUGUGUUAUCUUCAUAGUUGUCAUUCUGGGUUACAUUGCAUUAGGAGUUGUGGCUUGGGUGCAUGGGGACCCCAGGAAAGUGAUUUAUCCAACUGACAGCUAUGGGCAGUUCUGUGGUCAGAGAGAUACCCUCAAUGAGAACAAGACCAUUUUGUUUUACUUCAACAUUCUGAAAUGUGCCAGCCCCGUAGUGUUAAUAAACCUACAGUGCCCUACAACACAGCUUUGUGUCUCAAAGUGCCCAGACAGGUUUGCAACCUACAUUGAUGUUCAGGCUUCCUACAGAUAUAGACCAGAUCAGUGGAAUUACUUCAGACAAUUCUGCAAACCUGGUUUUAACAAUCCUCGCAAGUCUGUUGCUCAAGUCCUACGUGAUGAAGAUUGUCCUUCGAUGAUCAUUCCAAGCAGGCCUUUUCUGAAGAGAUGCUUCCCAGACUUCUCCACGAAGAAUGGUGUGUUGACCGUGGCAAAUCAGACUACAUUCAAAGAUGGAAGAGGGAAAACAAGAAAUGUAACUGAUCUCAGGGAAGCUGCAAAUGGCAUCAAUAAUGUCCUGGAUGCAAGAUCAGUUGGAAUGAAAAUUUUUGAAGACUAUGCCAUUUCUUGGUAUUGGAUUUUAAUUGGGCUGUUCAUUGCAAUGUUGCUGAGUCUGCUGUUCCUUGUGUUAUUGAGGUUCACAGCUGGUGUUCUCUUCUGGAUUUUCAUCUUUGGUGUGAUUGGAAUUAUAGGUUAUGGCAUCUGGCAUUGUUACUGGGAGUAUGAUCAUCUUAAAGGAAUACCUGGAUCUGACCUCACUGUAUAUGAUAUUGGAUUCCAGACAGACUUCAAAGUGUACCUGCAACUGAGGCAAACAUGGUUAGCAUUUAUGAUAAUACUUUGUGGUGUUGAAGUCAUAAUCAUACUGAUGCUGAUCUUCCUAAGAAAUCGUAUUCGGAUUGCUAUUGCACUGUUGAAGGAAGGUAGUAGGGCAAUUGGCUAUAUAAUGUCUACACUGUUCUACCCAAUUGUCACCUUCUUACUCAUUGCAAUUUGUAUUUCCUACUGGGCUGUGACAGCUGUUUUUCUGGCCACAUCAGGAGAACCUGUGUAUAAAGUAAUGGCUAAUCAAACACUGUGCAAGUAUGCAAACCUGACUUGUGACCCAGAGACUUUUAACACAACCAAUGUGACUAAAUUGUGCCCAGGUGCUCAGUGUACUUUUGCUUUUUAUGGAGGAGAAAGCCUGUACCAUAAGUACAUCUUCAUCUUCCAGUUAGCCAAUGCCUUUGUCUUUCUCUGGCUGGUAAACUUUGCAAUUGCACUGGGUCAGUGUACCCUUGCUGGUGCCUUUGCCUCUUAUUACUGGGCCUAUCGAAAACCAGCUGAUAUUCCACUGUGGCCGCUCUUCUCUUCAUUUGGACGAGCAAUACGAUAUCAUACAGGUUCGCUGGCAUUUGGAGCCUUAAUUCUUGCAAUUGUCCAGCUUAUUAGAGUAAUACUGGAAUACCUGGAUCACAAACUGAAAGGUACUCAGAACUCCUUCACUAGAUUCCUACUCUGCUGCCUCAAGUGCUGUUUCUGGUGUUUGGAAAAAUUUUUAAAAUUUAUAAACAGAAAUGCCUACAUCAUGAUUGCCAUAUAUGGUAAAAACUUCUGCACCUCGGCAAAGGAAGCAUUCUUUUUGCUCAUGCGGAAUGUGGUGAGGGUUGCAGUUCUGGACAAAGUUACAGACUUCCUUCUAUUUUUGGGGAAAAUCCUUGUCGCUGGUGGUGUAGGUGUUCUUGCAUUCUUUUUCUUCACACAGAGAAUACCAGUCUUUGCACAGGAAGUGCCAAUGCUAAAUUACUACUGGGUACCAUUGUUGACGGUCAUCAUUGGCUCCUACCUAGUUGCACACGGGUUCUUCAGCGUCUAUGCAAUGUGUGUCGACACGCUUUUCCUCUGCUUUUGUGAAGACCUGGAAAGAAAUGAUGGAUCUACAGCAAAACCCUACUUCAUGUCAGCUAGCCUCCACCGAAUUCUAGGGAAGAAGAAACUAAGCCCUAAGAAGGCAGCAGGAUAAUGAACGCUAAACCUCAACAUCAAAAAGUGUCACUUUUAAGCAAAACGUGUAUACAGUAGGCAAAAGUAAAAACUGUAAAUUAUGCUUCUGGUUAAUGGGUGAUUCUUUUUUCCUUUUGCUUAUAUAUAAAAAAAGAGCAAAAUUGGUAACAUUUAACUAGUUUAAAUGCUUAAAGUAACAGCUGUGAAAACAAGGCCACAUUUUAGUUUAUAGAGUGCCUAUGAAAAGGAAAAUGUAAAUUUGAAACUUUUAUAAGUGUAUAAUGAUGUUUUAAUAACUUUUGUAAUACAUGUUGCUGCCUUAGGUGACAGCAGUUUUGAUAAUGUUUCUUACAAGUGUAUAUUUGUAAAAGAAAUUCAGGCAAUUUUUUGAAAGCACUAACGUAUAACCUAAUUAGCCAUAAAAAAGAUAGUUUGAGACUCUAGUUAAAUGAGGAGAUGGUACUAAAUUUGUAAAUAUGGUGCUAUGAUUGUAUUUUUUUGUACAAGCUGGUUCACAGCUAUUUAAACUGUGAUUAUACAUGCAUUAAUGAUUACCUAUACUGAAAAAUGUAGUGAUAUUUUAAUCACAUCUACAACUGCAUCUUUUAAGACAUGAUGGUACCCUGCAGAUCCCAAAGAAGGUAGUCAGAAAAUACUUAAGUUGAUACUGCUUAAAGUGAAGUUUUCUGCGAGUUGUGCUUAAAAGAUUAUGUAACUGAGAGAAAGUCCCACUGCAGCUGAAGUGAUUUGUGGUUCACACAAAUGAGGUUUCAUCUGGUACAAGAUGGUGAAUGUAUAAUUUUUAGCUGAUGUCUAAGAGAGAUGCACAUGUGUUAAUAUCCCCCUGUCCCUGACAAGUCUCUGAAUGCGUUCUGUGUUACAAGGAGGUUGAGCUCCACCAAAGGGGAAACUAAAUGCAGUCGUUUUUUUAAUUGAAUUAAAGUCUUUGCUCUGUGUGUGUGCACAAAGAGUUCCAUUGCCUCUGCCCAGCUUAGAAGGGCUCCUGCCAAGCCAUUGGAAUGACUGUGCAGGUGCAGAGCACCAGGGCUGCACUUUCACCACGUCUCUGUGCUCCCAGUGGCUCACACAGUAAGGUACUAGGACAUUGAACUCAAAUCUUCUCAUGGUGCAGGAUGAAUUAUUCAACUACUGAGAGAUGCUCUUAAAGAUUUAGUUUGCUUUUUGAUUAUUAAAUUUGCCCAGUCAUUAGUACAAAGUCAUUAAUACACCUGUUGCUAGAAAGCACAUUAACAUUUGAUGUGGUUUAUAACCCUCCCAGUAGUGGAACUGUCACUGCCAUUAAGUAGCAGCUCUGAUGAUCGAAUAAGUCUUAACACCGGAGAGUUUAUCAAGUCUGUUACUGCCAAGGCAGAGCUAAAAAGACUUUAAUUUAUUAGUCUCCUGGGGGAGCCAAGGACCCAGCCAUACUGAGGCCUGCCCCUAGUUUUCAUGGAUUCCAAUGCAUUGAAGAAGUUAUUCCAGCACUUUCCAGGAGUGGCAUGUGCCAUACAUUCGCCAGUUCUGUGACAGGAGUUUAGCACCUGGAAAUACUUUUCUAACCCUAGAUGUCCAUUGGUGUCACAAAAAGAAGUGCACAUUCUUUUCCAGAUUAUUUGAAGGCAAGUUUCUGGGGAAAGUUUACUGACCAUCUACAUCCCAAUGGGAUUUUGCUCUCUAACUUACAGCUCUGGUUUGUGAUGUCUGUGAUCACUGCAAAGGCAGUAAUUCUGUCCUUGAUGCCAUGGGUCUGGGCUCAUGUUGAUAUACAAGCAACCACCAUCCCCACCCUUGUAGUUGUGGGCAUGGUUAGAGCUUGAAAUUUAGUGACCUGAGGUGCAGGUGGGAGUAUCCUUUUAAGCUUUCUCUUUGGUCCAAUGUUUGCUGGAGCCCUUUUUGCUGAAACAAAAAUGAGGGGUUCAGUUUAGGACUCAAAUAAUGUAAAAUAAAGGCAUAUGGUAGCUACUGAUUAUAGGAACCUUUAGAUUUUCGUAACCCCCCACUGAGAUACCCUAGAGGAAACUUGACUUUUAGAAAGGACUGAGAAACCCACUUUUGGGGAAAAAAGGACUCCUGAGAGAUGAAGUUUUUCAUUAUCAUCAGCAUCAUCAUUAUCAUUCCUUUCUCAUUAUGUGCAUGGUAUGGAUUACACAAAUUCCCCCAUGAUUCUAAUAUUUUUUGAGAAUUAAGUCAGUAACUUUUGGGGGUAUGUGUAACCAUUCUGUGAUUAAAGAAGCUGUUUGUCUUAUUACAGUCCAUGUUCUAAAUAUUUUUUUUUCUUUUAAUACUACUGAUUAAUUUUCAGCUAAAGAAACUGUAAUACAUAAUCUAUAUUUCUACUGGACUUGAGUGUCUUACUGGGAGCUCAAUUGAAAAAGCAUAUUUCUGAAUAUAGCUUGCUUUUUUAUCAUAUGAAUGUAACCACAGAGUUUACUAAGAAUAAAACAUAAUAGAAAUAAUAUACAGUUAUUUGAUUAGAAAACUUUUGUAACAAACCUAUGCAUUUACUAAAGGAAUUUCUAAAAGUGAACGUUUUAAAUUGUAUUAUUAUUUAUAUAUGGUAAAAAUUAUAUAUAUGUAUAAAUUUGCUCCUCUCGCUAUUUUGUGAAAGUAUUUAGAAUGUAACUGAUCAUCCUUUCUGAGAAGAAAAUUUAAAAGCCAUUUUCUUACGAUGUAAUUGUGAGAACUGUGAAAAUACAAAGCAAUACCAUGUAGAUUUUGUAAUCAAUAAAUACAGUAAAUAGUAGGUAUUUAAUAUUAAAAUUGGCUUUUUAGAAAUAGAUUGCUAAUAAUUAGGUAAAAUUAAUAUAAAUAUUUACUUGGGAAAGGUUCACCUAAGAUGUUUCAAGACUAUCAUAUUAUAAUGAUUCCUAAUUAAUCCUGUGGGCCAGAGUCUGCAUAUGUGCACCACAGAGGAGGUACUAAUAUUGACAUUUCUGGAUUUGGACUUUUACUUUGUUGCUUGCUUUAAUAUAAAAUUAAAAAUUCCUUUUUCACUUUAGAGAGUGGAAGAUGGUAAAAUUUGCCACGUGCUUUGCUGCUGAGCCUGCCGGGGCUGGUGGUGCAGUGCCCACAGUGCCGCCAGCGGCACUGGUCUGUGCUGGCGGUGCUGACAGAUGCAGGGCGUGGGAGAGCCCAGAACCAGCAGGUUCCUGUGCUGCCCAGGGCAUGCCAGGGUCAGGGCUGUGAGUCAGGCUCAUGCCAGGCACCUUCCCCCGGGAGAAGCUUGCUUCUUUCUGAAGAAAUACCCUUUUACAUGAGUAGAAAAAAAAACAUUCUCAAGAUCACAACAAGCAGAAUGUAGAAACCAAGACAGUAGAAAACACCUGCUAUCACAUCCAUGUGAUCAUGUUUGUUUAGUUUGGUUUGGAUUCAUUGUAUCUCACUAAAGCAUAUUACUGAGUGGCUUUCAUUUACAUGUUUUAUACCAAAGUUUUAAUGUCAAGCCUUCAAAUUUUGUAAGAAAAAAGAAAAACAAACCACAAAAAAAAAACCACCACACACGCACACGCACACAUAAACACAAAACCAUCAAAGCAAACCAAAAAAAAAAAAAAAAAAACCCCAAAAAAACCACCAUGGAAACAAAACACAGAAUCAAGAAGAUGGGAUCGUUUCUUCUGAUGAGGGUUUUUUUUUUCAAAACAGUAUUCAGCAGAUGAUUCUUGGGUGAUCCAAGGAUGCUGAGUAUUCUUUUAAAUGUUAGUAUUUAAUGAAAUAUUUUACUAUUGCAUGUUCUGCUGUAGAACGGGAAAAAUAUUUUGGUGGAUGCAAUGUCAGGCUGAUUCUUCAAUUGUCAGUAAGCGUUCUUCCACAAAUGGGUUGUCAGAGAAGUGGUUAUGAAGAAUAAACUGACUGUUUUUGAGUAACCCAGAAUGUCUCCCUUUGACCAGUUGCUCAGCCUGGACAGCUGUAUCCUUGCAGACAAAGUGCCUUACUGGCUGUUACUUCACCUGACUUAUAUUUUGAAAUUCAUUUAUACCAUGUAGACUACAAAACAGAAAAGGCUAGAGAGGAAAACCAACACUUUGUUUCAUAUUGACUAACAAAAAAUCAACUGUAGUAAGGAUGUCAGAUGUGUUUGCACUGUGUGAUGCAGCACCCUGUUGCUGUUGAGAGAUUAUGAAAGUUGAUGGUGUGGUCUGGGAGAAAACGUGACAAUAGUGUUGCAAAUAAAUGAAAACAAUGCAAGACUGUUCCAUUUUUAUACAGUAGAUUUUUAAAAUAGCUUUAAUUUGUGGUAUAGUGGACUUCUGAGUAGGGCCUAUUCUGCUUUCUGUUUACAAUGAUCAUGUGUAUUGUACCUGUGUAACUGUGGGUAGAACUGGGCUCUUGCUACUUACAAAAGAAGGAAUAAACCUAAAAAUUACAUGUAUGUUACUGUAAUACAUCUAUUUGUGUGUUUAUAAGCAUAAAGUUCCUUCUCCAUUUCAAGACUGAUAAUUUCCUAUUCUGGAACUGUUUUAUAAAAUGUUUUAAAUUUUUAAACUUUUGAUACAGGCAAUGAUUUUUGGGGUAAUUUGUAAUUUGUGCUGCACUGUAAACAAUUAGAAAAUGAGUGUUUCUUCAUGUUCAAGUAACACUAGUGCUAUUAGUAUUAAAAUUGUCUGUUACUCUAUGCUACAGAAUGUCCACACGCUUUUGUCCCAAAUAAUGAGUUUUAAUGCCAUUAAAAUGGCUCUUUGAGGUUUAAGAAAUCAAAGGUAGGUUUCAUUAAUAUGGUUCUUAAGAUUGUACUGUUUUGUCACGAGCACAAUGAUUUGAGCUCUAAAUCCUGUUGCUUCUGCUAUGCAGAAAUAGAAACCUAUUGUUUAAACAUCUUUGAUAACGGAAGUGCUUAAUUCUAUUGUUACUUCGCCGUUUUACAGUUCUUGGGGAUUGUUCUAAUAAAGAUUUCGAUACAA